AUGCCAUUAGCAGAUUUUUUGGAAACCAAUAUUGUUGGUUCAUCAGCUGAAGUUAAAACAUGGAUAAUUAGUGAUUGGAUAAGCAUUAUCGUUUGGAGUGUAAUAAUAGGUAUUUAUAUCAAAACUUAUUAUAUUUCAAGUAUUUUACAACAAAUUUUACUUCAUUUUUUCAAUUCGAAUAUUUAUUUUACAAUUUUAACCUUAAAUAAAAGGGUGGCGAGACAUACACCUUUUAUUGGAAAUAAAUUUUUACAUUUUAUUCGUUAUAUUGAUGAUUUUAAUCGAAAUAAUUGUGUAUCAUUUUUUGAGAAUUUUAAAAGGUAUUUGACUUUAAUGUUUUAUAAUAAAUUAGGUAGAAAGAUGUUUGUAAAUAAAGAAUGUGUCAAAAUUUUUAUGAAUGAAGGAAAUGAAAAAUUUGAUUUUAUAAGAGAAGAUGGUACAGAAGAUCCAUUUAAAAGUACAUUAUUAAUUUGUAAUCAUCGGUCCUUAGUAGAUUAUUUUGUUAUUAACCAUAUCGUUGAAACUUUUAAUAUUUAUGACCAAGAGUUUAGUAUUUGGGAUAUCACAAAGACAUUUUGGUCUAAAAACACAAAUAAUAAAAAAAUAUCGCCAGUAUCUAAAUUAAAAUUUUUUACUUGGGGGAUGUUAAGUAAUUUUCCAAAAUUUUCUUUAAUCAAACAAAUUUUAAUGAAAGAUGAAAAUAUAGUUUUAAAUAAUAAAGAAUUAGUUAAUAACCUAAAAGAAAAAAAUAAUAAAAUAAUAGUACUUUUUCCCGAAGUUAACAUCAUUAGUAAAGAAUUAUAUUUAAUUCAAAAAAAAUUAAAUCAAGAUUACUUUUUCUUACCAAAAUAUAAGAAUUUAUUAUAUCCAAGAUUUAACAAUUUCAUUAGUAUAGUCAAAUCUUUUGCUCAGAUUAAUAGGAUUAAACGAACCAUAAAUAAUGAUUAUACAAACCGUAAUAUCAUAAAUAACAAUUUAAGAAGAAUCUUUAGUGAUAAUAGUUCAUAUCACCAAGAAAAUGAAGAAAAUGUUGUGGAAAAUAGCAACAAGGCUGAAAAGCAUGACAAUAAGAAAAAAGGUAUGGAUCUAUUCAAUCAGAAGACCAAAUCUAUUUCAUUAUUAUUAGGAAUGGACCCAUUUGCAUAUGAAAAUAAUGAAAGCGAACAGGUAGUCAAUCAAUUGAAAAAUGAUAUCAAUGAACAAUCAGAUGUCAUAUUGAAUCCAGAUAUAUAUGAUAUCACUAUUGUAUAUUUCAAACUCAAAUACACUCCAAGGGCUCAUGAUCAUAAUACUGGUGGAUUCCAAAUUCAUGAUGGGAUUCAGUUAGAACAAGUCAAUCCUUCCAUCUUUGAAAUGUUAAGAAGAGAUUCUAAAGAUAAUAGACCUCCUUUAAUUAUAUGUAUUGGUAUUAAAAAAUAUAAUUCUUUUAAUAGAUUAUUACCAAUAAGGACAAAAUAUCUUGAAAAAUGGUUAGAAGAAAGAUGGAUAGAAAAAGAUGUUUUAAUCACAAAGAUGGAAAAAGCUAUAAACUUGACACAAUCAUCUGCUGAAUUAUCACAUCCACAAACUCUAUUGAACCCAUAA